AUGACAUCACGAGACAGGACCACGGAAUUUUUUCGUUUCAUCCGUUUCUCAGAACGUCAUGCCAAUAGGACAAUGGCUGUAAUAUAUCCCAGGAAACCUAAAUAUACUGCGAGUCAUACAGAAUUUAUGACGACUGCAAGAACUAUAGGGAAGAAUAUGGGCAGUACAUAUAUAAAACUCGAAGAUCUCACUUUAGUGGCAAAAAGAAAAUCACUUUUCAAUGACCGGUCAGCAGAAAUACAGGAACUGACACGCAUCAUAAGGUGUGAUUUAAAUAGCCUAAACCAGCAGAUUGCAAAACUUCAAGAACUAGCACGGAAUCAGAGACAAUCUCAACAGAAUGCUCACCAACUUCUGUCGCAUUCAUCGAGUGUUGUUCUCGCUUUGCAGUCCAAGCUUGCAUCCAUGUCUACAGAAUUCCAACAGGCUCUUGCAGUUCGAACCGAGAACCUGAAACAGCAGAAGAACCGCAGCAAUCAGCUCUUUCCGGGACCUGUCUCCUCAUCAUUCCCUCCGCCAGCCCUCGCGGGUCAUCAAAAGGGUUCUGUGUUGCUCGCUGAUGAAGUAAGUAUUAACAUGGAGGCACAUGGUCCACUACUACAAGUUACUGAAAAGCAGGCAAUGAUCGAUGACCUUCAGAGUCGUGCUGAGACAAUGCAGAACAUUGAAUCAACAAUAGUUGAACUGGGCGGAAUAUUCAAACAACUAGCAUAUAUUGUGAAGGAGCAAGGAGAAACGGUGGAGAUAAUUGAUAGAAAUGUUCAAGAUGUACAACUGAACGCUGAAGGAGCUCAUACUGAAAUUCUCAAAUAUUUUAAAAACAUUACCUCCAGCAGUUGGCUCAUGAUCAAGAUAUUUGGUGUUCUCAUAUCUUCCUUCCUUUUCUUUGUUCUAUUUCUGGCAUAG